AUGGUGAGCUCUGUGAACAUAAUGAUUCCAAAAACGACUUCGAAGAAACCAAAAGGUGAAGCAAAGUCAAUAGGUACUAAAGAUAGAAAAUCUCAAACACAAGAUAUGGCAAUAGUUGAAGUGCCGGCAAAACGAGAGGGUCCGAAACAAGAGAAAAAGAAAAUCACAUCGGUUCGGAGGAAGGAGCCAAAAAAGUCUGUUAGAAGGAAGAAAACUAGUUCGGAGGGCGUCGCCAAUCAUGAAGUGAACACACCGAGUAUUCAAACCAAAAAAGUGGCGAGUCCAGCACCAUCUGAUGAAAAAAUCAUCGAGAAAAAGAAAGAUGAAGGAUCGAAACAGGAGAAAAUUGUUACGAAAGCUCCAACUACGUCGAAAAAGUUCAAUAUGGAAUUGGCUCAGAAAUUCUUCAAACAGAUGAUGGAAAGUCAAAAGAUAACAAAAAGGGCAAAGAAUAAUACCACCGAAGAAGAUGUGAAUGCUGACACAAUGCCUGAAUCAAGUUUUAAUGGACUCUCCAGGAGAUCCAAGAGAGUACAUCGUAACAAGGGGAAACCAGCACCUCUAGAUCGGAACAUCUUCAAAGAGAAUGGAGAUCCAAUUUGGGUGGUUUCUGAGAGAAAACCAGGAGACAAACAAGUAUUCAAUGAGGCGGGUGAGCUGGUCAAGAAUCCAGAAUUGAUGGCUGCGUUGGAAGAUGAGAAUUUGGAGUAUGAGGAUGGAAAAGGAUGGAUUAACAAGAUCACUUCUUUUCUUGGUGGAGAAAUGAUGGAUUGGAAAACGUAUAACAAAGAGGAUACUCUGGAUAUGGAUCCAUUUGCACCUGUCAAUGUACUCAAAACACGAGGAGAAACAUUUUUCAAAAAAGAAUCAGUGAUCUACAAUACUUCUGAUGCUAUCCUUCAUCUCUCUCACAAUGCAAUGGAACGCUUCUCCAACCAAGGUGAGGAUACGUGUCCGCGUAGAAAUGGUCCAGCAUCAAGAGAAAACGAAGAAGAAGAGAAGACGUGCAUUAUCACUUCGAUGAAGUUCAAUAUGGGUAAUUUGUUCUUGAUCAAUUAUGAUCGACGUAGGCCGAUUGUGUCUAUUCGAAAGUUCAAGAAGAGGUAUCGAGAUCAAUUGAAACUUUCAAUUGAAAAUGAGAAAAAGGAAAAAGAAGAAAAGGAGAGGGAGAUGGAAAAGGAAGAAGCUCAAACUCAAACGAAACGAGAAGAAUUGAAAAAAGAAGAAGAGAAAAAGGAAGAAGCACCGCCUUGA